GGUUUCAUUAACUCUUUGAACAACAUGUUGAAUAAUCUAGCAUUUAACAUCCCGGGAAGCGAGGGUCAAGCCGAACGAGGGUCGCCUAUAAAGAGUUGUCCUGGCGGCGCCUUCCCUCACACUUCCAGGCCCUGCAAGACUGUGCCCACGCCUCACAAAACUUCACUCCACCAUGGCAACGAAUGGAUAUCACGAGAUUGCUGCCAGUUUCCACCAGGCAGACACCUCCAUCCACCAUCUGAAGGCGAGGGUGAAGGAGCUGAACGGCCACGCUGCACCACAAAACUCUAUCGCUAAUGGGCAAGUUAACGGCCACUCCAACGGCUACUCCAACGGCACGGGGGAGGAUGGUGGCGCGGGGUGGUUGCUGCGACGUGUGUUGGACCUGGUGCUGAAGACGAAGCUGGUGACUGGACUCGAUGCUUCGGAAAAAGUGGUUCACUUCAAACAUCCCCACGAAUUGAAGGAUGAGCUGGACCUGGAGGUCGGGGAGGAGGGCUGCUCAAUGGAGGAGGCGGGGCGAAUCCUGGAAACCGCGGUGCAUUACAGUGUCAAGACGCAACACCCGCACUUCUACAAUCAGCUGUACGGAGGCAUCGACGAGGUGGCGCUGACGGGGGCUUGGCUUACCGAGGCUCUCAACACUAACUCGUACACAUUCGAGGUGGCCCCCGUGUUCAUGCUGGUGGAGCACAGGGUAAUUGAACACCUGGUGGGACUCCUCGGCUGGUCUGAAGGAGACGGUAUCUUCGCUCCUGGAGGAAGCAUCAGCAACAUGUACGGGAUGGUUCUGGCUCGCUACCGCCGCCACCCGAACAUCAAGAAGACGGGAAUAUUCGACCAGAAGCCCCUCGUGGUGUUUACUUCCGACCAGGGGCACUACUCCAUCAGCAAGAGCGCCUCGUGGCUCGGCCUGGGCAUGGACAACGCGGUGGCAGUGGCUACGGACGCCCAGGGAAGAAUGCUGCCGGCGGCGCUGAAGGAGGCGGUGGCGAAGGCGCGGGAGGAGGGGAAGGAGCCUUUUAUGGUGAACGCCACGGCCGGCACCACUGUCCUCGGCGCCUUCGAUCCCCUGGAGGAGCUGGCGGCCGUGUGCGAGGGGGAGGGACUGUGGUUGCACGUUGAUGCGUGCUGGGGCGGCUCCGUCAUCCUCUCCCGCAGAUACAAGCAUUUGAUGAAAGGAGUCGACAGAGUUGACUCCAUCUCCUGGAACCCUCACAAGAUGUUGGGAACCUCACUGCAGUGCUCCGUCUUCCUCACCAAACACAAGGACCUGCUGAAGAAGUGCAACUCGGCGCGUGCCACGUACCUCUUCCAGCAGGACAAAUUUUACGACGUGGGUUACGACACCGGUGAUAAGAGCAUCCAGUGUGGCCGCAAAGUGGACGCCUUCAAGCUGUGGGUGUUCAUGAAGGUGCACGGCCAGUCCCUGCUAGAGGCGCGCGUGGACGCCGCCUUCCACGCCUCCAGGCACCUGUGCACGGAGGUGAAGCGGCGCGGGGACAGGUUCAGGUUGGUGCAGGAGCCUGAGUGUACCAACGUGUGCUUCUGGUUCAUCCCGGCAAGCAUGAGAGGGAAGGACGAGACGCCAGAGUGGUGGGUGCAGCUGUCCAAGGUGGCCCCGUCAAUCAAGGAGCGCAUGGUGCAGCAGGGAACCCUCAUGGUGGGCUACUCCCCCAUUGCCGUCAAGAAACUGGUCAACUUCUUCCGCAUGGUGACCACCUGCACGCCCACGCCCACGCCCGCCCACAUGGACUUCGUGUUGGAUGAGAUAGAGAGGCUCGGGGAGGACCUGUGAGGGGCGUGGCGCUGCGAGGGAGAGGAGAGGGAGAGAUGGUGGGUUUUGGGAGGGAGGGAGGGAGGGAGGGAGGGAGGAUUUUGGAAGGGAGGGAUGUGAAUGUAUGUUUGAAUGAAUUAGUGGAUAAAUGAAUACUCCAUGCCUUGAGCCUAGCGAUUUUUUUUUAUUUAUUUAUUUAUUUUUUGCUGUAUGGGAAAGAAGGGGGGAGGGAGGGUGGGAGGGAGGGAUGUGAAUGAAUGAUAGAAUAAAUGAAUGGCUGAAUGAAUAGAUGAAUGUUUCACGUCUUAAAACAAGCGAUAUUUUCUUGAUAUUUGGGUAAGGCUUGAUUAUUAUUACUAUUUAGGAAUUUUCGGAGCUGUGUAUCUCUGGGUUUUAUUUGAUUACUGUGCACAAUAAAGUACUUUUACUAUU